CUUGGUUUCUUGGCACUGAAAUGAUACUCUACAUUUGUGCUAGCUUGUACACAUUAACAUCUUUAGAAUUGGUUGAUUUUUUACGGUAAGAAUUAAUUUUGAGGUAAUGGAAUGAAAGAUUUUUCACCAAAAUGAAGAGGAUGCAUAACUCCCCUUUUGGAAAACAAAGUCGACAAGUUCGUCUUUGCUCGAAGGUUCCACCUUCAAGCAAUAAAAGAAGCUUUUGCGGAGGAAGUGGACCUGGCUACAAUCUUUCCAAUGGGAAGAGCAAUUUGAUGAAGAAGGCAAAAAUGGAUUUUCUGAAGAGUCGCGAGGUGCAAAAUAUUGCCGCCAUGAGGAAAAAUGCUCUGCAAAGGAAUAGCAGUUCGUCUUCCAUGAUGAAGCCACCGGGUAGCUUUCCUGGGAAAAGUUCUGCAUCUUCGAAUCCAGUGAAGUCCCUGGAGAGGAGAUUCUAGAAGCACGAUGCAAUCCAACUCUAUUCUAGCAGCAUAUUGAAUGUAUGAUUUCCUUGCAAUAAGGGCCUUUACUCUUUUUUAUUUUGUGGGUAGAAGCAACAAAUUGAGAUUGAAAUGAUGUAUGUGUCAAUAAUAAGUAGAUGAUAUCUUUCUUUUUUUCCCAUUAUUAUUAUCGCCAUUGCUCUAA